AUGGCCAGCACUCUCCGUCGCCGUGUGCUUGGCAACGAGACGCCCUCUGACAGCUCUAGCCCGGCCCCGACACCCCGGGAUGAGAGCCCCGAAAAGCAGGGCGGUGAUGCUAAGGUUGUCACCGCAAAGGUGAUCCAUCACCAAGUCAAGACGAAGAAGAGGCGCACCACCCUCAUCUUCUUGCUCGGCAGCAUAUUUGGCAUCAUCGCUGCCGGUUUCUUUGCCAAGAGUAAUGACUUGAUCGACUUUCCUGAGAUCGGCGAGCUCAGUAUGGAUAGCUUCUUUGACGUCCUUCCCGCCGGGCUUGUUAGGGACAUGCGGGAUCUCAUCAAAGGGGAGCGAGAGUUCAUAGACAGCUAUGAUGCAUUUGCGAUUGGUGCCAAGGCACGGGCAGAAGGGCUGCAUGCGGACCAUCCCAUCAUCAUGGUCCCCGGUGUCAUCUCCACGGGCCUCGAGUCUUGGGGCACGUCGAACCACUCCCGCCAGUACUUCCGCAAGCGGCUGUGGGGUAGCUGGACCAUGAUGCGAGCGCUGGUCCUCGACAAGGAAGUGUGGAAGCGCCACAUCAUGCUGGACAAGAAGACGGGCCUGGAUCCCCCCGAUGCCAAGCUCAGGGCCGCUCAGGGCUUCGAUGCUACCGACUUCUUUAUCACCGGAUACUGGAUCUGGAACAAGAUCUUUGAAAACCUAGCAUCGCUCGGGUACGACCCCAACAACUCGUUCACUGCGGCGUACGACUGGCGGCUGUCCUAUGCGAACCUCGAGGUCAGGGAUCAGUAUUUCACCAGGCUCAAGCUCUAUAUCGAGAUGGCUGUCCAAACGUCCAAGCGCAAGGUGGUCUUGACAACGCACAGUAUGGGCUCCCAGGUGCUGUUUUACUUUUUCCACUGGGUCGAGUCGGCCCAGGGCGGCGAGGGUGGUCCCGACUGGGUCGAGAGACACGUGGAUUCGUGGAUCAACGUGAGCGGGUGCAUGCUGGGUGCGGUCAAGGGACUGACGGCAGUCCUAUCUGGGGAAAUGAGGGACACUGCUCAGCUGAACGCAUUCGCCGUCUAUGGCCUGGAAAAGUUCCUGAGCAAGGAGGAGCGGGCAGAAAUCUUUCGCACCAUGCCCGGCAUAUCGUCCAUGCUCCCCAUUGGCGGUAAUGCGGUAUGGGGUGACCUAGAUGGAGCCCCGGACGACCAGCCCGGCCAGCUCCAUUCCUUCGGGUCACUGCUGAACUUCCGCACAGGCAAGAACUGGACCACGCCCGACAGGAACUUGACUGUGGAAGGGUCCAUAGACUAUCUGUUCAACACGACCGAAGACUGGUAUCAAGAUCAGUUGAAAGGCAGCUACUCCCACGGCGUAGCCCACACGACGGCCGAGGUCGAGUCGAAUCAGGACGAUCCCCGUCGAUGGAUCAACCCGCUCGAAACAAGGCUGCCCCUCGCGCCGAGCCUCAAGAUCUACUGCUUCUACGGUGUGGGCAAGCCGACGGAACGAGCCUACUUUUACCGCUCUCCCGAGAUGCCGUUGCUGACCAACCUGAACAUGACGAUCGAUACUGGGUUGAUCGAGGGAGAGGUCGACCACGGUGUCGUCAUGGGAGAGGGCGACGGGACUGUCAACCUCCUCAGCACCGGCUACAUGUGCAACCAGGGCUGGAAGUUCAAGCGAUACAACCCGGCAGGCGCCAAGGUUACCGUCGUGGAAAUGGCGCACGAGCCCGAGCGUUUCAACCCCCGGGGAGGCCCCAAUACAGCGGAUCACGUCGAUAUACUCGGCCGGCAGACGCUGAACGAGCUGAUACUGAGGGUCGCCGCCGGCCGGGGCAACACCAUCUCGGACUAUAUCGUGAGCAACAUCCGAGAGUACGCCAAGAAGGUCAAGAUUUACGAGGAGGAAGAAUAG